GUACGGUACGGAACGGAAAAUAGGUAUAACGUCAGUGUGACCGGUAACGUCACUUCCUUCAGAGUUGACACGUCGAAGACACCGGCAGAGAGAAAACCAGAAAAUGCCAGCACCAGCAAGCUCAACAUCAGUGGGAGGGGGCAGAUCCCCAUCAUCAUCAAAAACAGUCUCACCUAGAUCUGGAGGAGGCUCAACUGUCAGACAGAGGAAAACCCCAUCAUCAGGGGGCGCAGGGCGGGCCAAACCAGCUGGAGGCGGUAGUGCUGGAAUGUGGAGAUUUUACACUGAAGAUUCUCCCGGCAUUAAAGUAGGGCCAGUACCAGUUCUAGUCAUGAGCCUGAUUUUCAUCGCCUCAGUAUUCAUGUUACACAUCUGGGGAAAAUACACUCGAGGAUAAAUUGUGACAGCUGCAAUAGACAUUGGUUUUAAGAUAUAAAAAAGACAUAUUAUCAUCAGGUGCAAAGAUGCUUUAAUAACCAAUAAAAGUGACCUUUAGAAUAAAAAUAAGAUUUCAUAAAAAAUGUCAGUGUUGCCUAUUUAAAUACCAGAUAUUAAAAAGUAAUGAAAUUUAUAUCAGAAUAAAUCUUAAAUAAAUGGAAUGAAUGUUAGAACAAAGUUUUAAAUUGCACCAUGAAAGAUUAAGAGAUAACUGCAGGACCAAAGUAUUGUUUUGUUUUUAGUUUUUAAGGCAGACUUAUGAACU